UUCAUUCUCACUCCCCACUCCAUUUUCCUUUUAUCUCCACUUUGUUUCUCUUCAUUCGCUGGCGAAAAGCAAAAUAAAAUGAUGAGUCUUUCUCUUUCUCUUACCCUCUUUACUCCUACACACUGUUUUGCUUCCUACAAUAAGCAGCGUUAUGCUUUGAGAUCUCCUCAAUGUCAUCAAACUAGGAUUUCUCAUCACAAGUUGCAGCACCGCUCCAGUUUUCUUGGGUAUAACCCUCUCAGAGUUUCAAUUGAUUUGAGUGGAGGGAUGAUGAGGCAGAGACGUGGAGGGGCUGUUUGUUAUGUUGCAGCUCUUGCUCCUACAAAUCUACAGUGGGUCUGUGCUAUCUCCUCUCUCGUUCUCAUGAUUGCAAAGGGCACUGCUAUUCACAAGUCCUUUCUUGUUCCUUUAUUUGCUUUACAAGCUCCUACGGCAGUUGUCUCAUGGAUCCAGGGUGAAUAUGGUAUUUGGUCUGCAUUUUUGGCACUUAUUGCUCGUCUCUUCUUCUCCUUUCCUGGUGAAUUGGAAUUGCCAUUUGUAGCAUUGUUGAUGGUAAUUGUGGCUCCUUAUCAAGUUGCAAACCUAAGGGGAACAAAGGAAGGUGUUAUUCUUUCCUUGGCAAUAGCAGCUUAUCUGGGUUUCCAGCAUUUCACACGUGCUGGCAGCUUGCAGAAGGCAUUUGAUCAAGGUUCAAUAAUUGCCACCCUAGCCAUCAUUUGUAUUGUUGCUAUGCCAUGCUUGCUCUUGAUUUGACUUGAAACUACAGUGAUUGCUCAACUGAGUCCCAUAAAUUAUGAGUCAUUUGAGGGGUCAAGAUCACACUAAUUAAUAUCUUUCUUUAAGUCCCUCUUAUGUUAACUUCAAGCUGUAUAUCUAGUCAAGUAUGUGGGACAAAUUAGGUUAAAUGUAUUCAUGCAGGAAUAAAUUAAAUGAUCACUGUGAACAAGCUUUCAUUUGUAUCCCAUUAAAUUCUGUACCUCGGGUAACAUUUUGGAUACUUAUCGACGAAACAAAAUGCUUCUUAUUUUGGGUUU